UCGGAUUCACCUCGAAAUCAGCGAUGAGGAAACGAAUCCCUCCCAUCUAUAAAGAAAACUCCACCACCACCUAAAUCCAUUAGACUAAGGAGUACGAUGGCAACCUCCACCCUCACCGAGAACAGGUUAGAAGGCAAAGUAGCCAUAAUCACCGGCGGAGCGAGUGGAAUCGGCGAAGCAACAGCACGACUCUUCGCAGAACAUGGGGCCCUAGUUGUGAUCGCGGACGUCCAAGAUGAACUCGGCCACAAACUCACAACAUCUAUCGGCCUCAACCAUGCCACGUACAUGCACUGCGACGUCACUGAUGAAGAACAGGUAAAAGCAACCGUCGAUCAUACCCUGGCCACGUACGGACGUCUGGACAUCAUGUUCAGCAACGCUGGCAUCGGUGGCUCACGUGAUUGCCGAAGCAUACUCGAUAUGAACAUGCCUUACUUCGACAAGAUCUACGCCGUCAACGUGCGAGGCAUGGCAGCAGCAAUCAAGCAUGCGGCCCGCGUAAUGGUGGACCAGAACACGGGCGGAAGUAUAAUAUGCACCGCGAGCGUGACUUCGAUUCUAGGGGGGGUGGCAGUGCAUGAUUACACAAUAUCGAAGCAUGCGGUCGUGGGGUUGGUGCGAUCGACGGCUGCUGAGCUCGGGAAGUAUGGGAUUCGGGUUAAUUGCAUUUCGCCAUUUGGGGUGGCGACGCCUAUGUUGUGCAGUGCGUUUAGUAAGCUUGUUGCCGAAGGUAGUGGUUGUAUUACUACGGAUGUGGAACGGAUUUGCGACUCUGUGUCUAAUCUACAUGGAGUGACACUGAAAGCGAGAGAUAUAGCUGAUGCGGCGUUGUUCCUUGGAUCGGAUGCGUCGGCUUUCAUUAGCGGGCAUAAUCUUGUUAUCGACGGUGGAUUUACUGUUGUUAAUCAUGCACUAAGGAUCUACAAAUAACUAUGUUCUUAGUGUAAUUGUCUUUUUUUAUUACGAAACAUCAUCCUUUUUUGGAAUAAUUAGAUAGAACCACCAAA